AUGGCUGCCAGGGCUGCCAACCCCUCUGGCAUGACUGGCACAGUAUGUGCGGGCGGUAGGGCAUCAGUGUCCCCUAUGUGGGCUAUCUGUUUCUGCUCUCGAGCUCACCAAUUAACUCCACUCUCCUGCCUUCCACACACAGACCGAUGACGUGCCAGAAUGGAUGGUUUGAGCUGCAAUUUAUCACCUCUACUUUCUGCGUUACACAUUUUUCUGUCAAGUGUAGUAAACCAAGUGUGCUCAGUCAUAUUCCCCAUCACCCGGAAUGGUUAUAGAAGUCUUCAUAAUUUAUUUGCUUGGAGUUUUCUGACAGAUCUGCUUUUGGAGAGCCAGGCUGGGCAUGGUUGCUUUCGUGAAUUUGAUUAAGUGGAAGGACGCAGGGAUUAAGUCCUGCGACAGUGACUGUACAAUCAGGGAUCAGUCACCGUUCCGCCACUACCACACAAGCCAAAGUAUUUAUAUGCGGGAACACGUUUGAUUGGAGAACCAUCUAAUGAGUGAACAUGUAGUUCAUCUGAAACAUUCUUACGAGAGUUUAAAAACAACAUGUAUUUAGUUUUGCCUGUAUUAAGCACUGUGGCCAAUUUAUUUUGCUCAUUUGUACCCCAGUAUCUCUAUUUGCACAUCAUCUCUUGCACAUCUAUCAUUCCAGUGUUAAUACUAAUUGUAAUUAUUUUGCACUAUAGCCUAUUUAUUGCCUUACCUCCAUAACUUGCUACAUUUGCACACACUGUAUAUAUAUUUAUUUCUGUUGUAUUUUUGACUUUGUUUUGUUUUACCCCAUAUGUAACUCUGUGUUAUUGUUUUUAUCGCACUGCUUUGCUUUAUCUUGGCCAGGUCGCAGUUGUAAAUGAGAACUUGUUCUCAACUGGUUUACCUGGUUAAAUAAAGGUGAAAUUAAAAAAUCAAAAAAUAAAAUAAACUGUUAAAUCAGCAUGGAAUUCCUGCAUAGAUUCCUGCAAAUGAUUGCCUUGAUGCAGUGAGGAAUUACCCCUGUAUUUUUAUGGGCUGGUUUCUGUCUGUCUUGAUAGUCUUUGUAUUUGAAUGUCAAAAGCAUACUGCAAUUACAUUUUCACAGCGUUUACUGGAGCUAAAAAAGAGAGUUGAAUGUGUGUGAAUGUUUUAGUCAGUUUGUUUUUGGAUCAUUUCUGUGUGUGUCAUCAAUAUGCCUCCCUAUGUGUCUGUGUUUUUUAGGCAAAAAAACCCCAGCACCAUAGGUUUAAGAGUGGGUUUAGGAGGAAAUCAGCUUGAAAUGGAUUUUCAAUUAAAAAAGGCAAUUUAGCCACGGUUUGAGAGGAGGGCUCUUGCUCCUUUCCGAAUGGGCAGAUUUGCAUAAUUGUCCCAUAAGGCCUGAAUCUGUCAAUUUUAAUUUGAUAAUGCAUCUCCUCGUCGAGUUGGCAAGACGGAAUUGGAUUACGGUCUUGGAUCUCAUUAGUGUUGUUUGACAAAGGUCCUUUUCAUAACACAAGAUGUCAUCAGCUGAAAUCUGAAGGAAAUUAAUUCAUUUUUAUAGCGGCAUAUUGGUCCAGCGCCAUCUUCUCAAUUUGGUUAAUUUCCCUUUCAGCAAAUCUUCCUUUCUCUCUCUAAACACUUUACCUCAGCUCUUGGCUUGCAUAUUGUUUGACAUUCACUGGUGUUAUAUCUUUAUAAGUGACUAUCAGUUUAGCUGAUUGAAUGCCUCCUCAGUAUUCCACUCAUGGGGCUCUAUUUUGAGUGUCUUUCAAUCCAAUAUGCUGGUCCCUAAAGAUGUAAGAAAAUCCAACAGUGAAUGUUUGUCUUAUUUUCAUCUGUUGAAGAUAAUUUGCUUUGUGAUUUUAUUGUCAAAACACCAUCUUGGUGUUCAGCCAAAAUUAUAUAUAUUCUCUUAUAUUUUCUUUCAUGCUAGGUGCAUCGUUACUGCCUGCAUUCUACAGGAUGCAAAGCAUUGGCAAUGUUCCCACCUCUGAUCUCUGUAUUCUCUAUUUUUUUCAGGAAACCAGAAUAAACUGCAUCCGAAUAGCCCGCAAAGGUAAUUCAACAUGAAUAUUUUCAUUGAACAAUACGGUGACCUUCCAUGGAUCUCCCUGAGUCUCUGAAGUCCUGUAGGCUUUACUGUGGCAUGUUGACCUUACACUCUAAAUACAACUCCAAAGAUGAAAAGAUGUGUUGUGUUCAGGUCCGAACCCUAGUUUCUGUGCUGGUAUUCCAGACAUGUACAGUAGAUGGAGUUUAGCAUGCGGGACAAGCAGCGGGAUUUCUCUGAAGAUCCAUGUUGUUUAGUGAUGAGCCAGACUCCUGUGAGCUUUCCUCUCAUUGCCUUCAGAGAAAAGGACAGCAAGCAGGGAGAGAUUAGAGGUCAGGCUUUCAUCAUGUUUGUUUGGGGGGACACAGCAAUAUCAAAGGCAGUUCCACUGUUCCCGUCAGACAGCUACACUACGCAGAGGGGGAGGGAAACAUCUGAGGGCUUUUGACCCCUGUCUGCUCAAGAAGGGCCCUUCACAUCAACAACACAGAUGGAACUACCUGAGCCCAUCAAUAUGAGCAAUGUUUCUCCCCUCUUCCUCCCUCCCACUCUCUCUCACCCUGCCACAGGAACUCAAAGGGACACGAAAAGGGCAUAGAAAUUAUGGUGACUAAAAGUCAUGUAUUUAUAGUUAUCAUAGUGCUGCAACAGUAAGCUAGUCUUGCUAGUAAAUUGACUUGGCGAGCUGUACUUUUCGGUGAAGGCCUCUUUUUGUGACUGAAUAAUGAAGAGACCAGGCGCUCUUGAAGCAUGAAGCUAAAAGGCAAGGCCAGCCAUUUUAGCUCUGCGUCUCACUCCAUCUGGUCCUCACAGACACCCAGUUGGGACUUUGAAUAAUUACGCCUCGACACAUUGAUGAACUUUACACAGUAUGUGCCUAUUUUCUCUGGCACAUACUGUAGGGGAAGGCCGUUUGAGAGAGAGGGAAAGGAAGUAAACAUAAAGGGCCUUGAUGAGAACCCUAUGAAAAUGUAUUUGAACAUUUAGGCUCCCGAGUGGUGCAGCGGUCUAAGGCACUGCAUCUCAGUGCUUGAGGCGUCACUACAGACCCCCUGGUUUGAUUCCAGGCUGUAUCACAACCAGCCGUGAUUGGGAUUCCCAUAGGGCGGCGCACAAUUGGCACAGCGUCGUCCGGGUUUGGCCGGUGUAGGCCGUCAUUGUAAAUAAGAAUUUGUUCUUAACUGACUUGCCUAGUUAAAUAAAGGUAAAAUAAAAUAAAUAAAACAUUCAGCCACAUUGUAUCUUAACCCCCAAAAUAGCUUUCAAAUUGGUUAGAAUCAACAUUAGAUACUUUAAUCAGCCUUUUAACAUCCUGCUUGAAAAACAGGAAAUAAUAUGGUGUCCGACAGGGUUAAGUAAGAAGACCAGCUUUAGAAACCACCACUGAUGUAACUAAACUGACCAAUAGGAUACCCCAGAUCAUUUUAUAUUUCAAGGUACGACACAUCAGUACCAGUGGUUAGUAAUUAUUUAUCUGUUUGAUCCCUCUAACGUUAAACAUGGUUGCUGCUGUAUCACCUGAUUUUACUGGUUGUGAAGCGUUACUUUUAAACAGCCUAUCACCAGCAAAGUGGAGGCAAAUUAUUUGGGUUUAGAUAACAAAGCUGGAGAUUACAUAUCAACUUCCAGGUGACAGUUUAAUUAACUAUCUCUUGGCAGCCCCCAACACAACAAUAGACUUCCAUUUCUCCUCUAAGUGCUAAUUCCCAUUCUCAGCCAGCCGGCAGUUGUAUGGAUUAAUGUGGAAAAAAUGUAAUGUUUGGCUUAAUAGAAAUUCUCAGACUAAAUGUGUGAAGACGGUCGUAUCUGUCCAGGGUGUCAGAUAAAUAAAUAGAUGUUUCCCCCCUCAGCCAUGUUAUUAGCAUGAAAAAUAUAGGCCUACUCCUGUAUUUAACAUGAUGAAUUGAAGUUAUAUAUGACUUCUCCAUCUCUCUGUGUUGGUAGGAACAAAGUCUUUAAUACAUUUUCUGCCAACUACAGUACCUUUAGAAAGUAUUCACACCCCUUGACUUUUUCCACAUUUUGUUGUGUUACGGCCUGAAUUUAAAAUGGAUUAAAUAGAGAUUGUUUUGUCACUGGCCUACACAAAAUAUCCCAUAAUGUCAAAGUGGAAUUAUGUUUUUGUACAAAUUAAUGCUAAAUUAAAAGCUGAAAUGUCUUGAGUCAAUAAGUAUGCAACCCCUUUCUUAUGGCAAGCGUAUACAGUGCCUUCGGAAAGUAUUCAGACCCCUUGACUUUUUCCACAUUUGGUACGUUACAGCCUUGUUCUAAAAUUGAUUAAAUAAAAAUAUUUCCUCGGCAUCUACACACAAUAUCCUGUAAUGACAAAGUGAAAACAGAUUUGUAAAAAUUUUAGCAAAUGUAUUAAACAUUUUAAACAGAAAUACCUUAUUUACGUAAGUAUUCAGACCCUUUGCUAUGAGACUAGAAAUUGAGCUCAGGUGCAUCCUGUUUCCAUUGAACAUCCUUGAGAUGUUUCUACAACUUGAUUGGAGUCCACCUGUGGUAAAUUCAAUUGAUGGACAUGAUUUGGAAAGGCACACACCUGUUUAUAUAAGGUCCCACAGUUGACAGUGCAUGUCAGAGCAAAAACAAAGCCAUGAGGUCGAAGGAAUUGUCCGUAGAACUCUGAGACAGGAUUGUGUCGAGGCACAGAUCUGGGGAAGGGUACCAAAACAUUUCUGCAGCAUUGAAGGUCCCCAAGAACACAGUGGCCUCCAUCACUCUUAAAUGGAAGAAGUUUGGAACCACCAAGACUCUUCCUAGAGCUGGCCGCCCGGCCAAACUGAGUAAUUGGGGGAGAAGGGCCUUGGUCAGGGAGGUGACCAAGAACCCGAUGGUCACUUUGACAGAGCUCUAGAGUACCUCUGUGGAGAUGGGACAACCAUCUCUGCAGAACUCCACCAAUCAGGCCUUUAUGGUAGAGUGGCCAGACGGAAGCCACUCCUCAGUAAAAGGCACAUGACAGCCCACUUGGAGUUUGCCAAAAGGCAUCUAGAAACAAGAUUCUCUGGUCUGAUGAAACCAAGAUUGAACUCUUUGGCCUGAAUGCCAAGCAUCACAUAUGGAGGAAACAUGGCACCAUCAGCGGCAGGGUCUGAGAGACUAAUCAGGAUUGAGGCAAAGGUGAACAGAGCAAAGUACAGAGAGAUCGAUGAAAACCUGCUCCAGAGCUCUCAGGACCUCAGACUGGCGCGAAGGUGCACCUUCCAACAGGACAACGACCGUAAGCACACAGCCAAGACAAAACAGGAGUGGCUUCGGGACAAGUCUGUGAAUGUCCUUCAGUGGCCCAGCCAUAGCCUGGACUUAAACCUGAUCAAACAUCUCUGGAGAGACCUGAUAAUAGCUGUGCAGCAAUGCUCCCCAUUUAACCUGAUAGAGCUUGAGAAGAUCUGCAGAGAAGAAUGGGAGAAACUCCCCAAAUAUCGGUGUGCCAAGCUUGUAGUGUCAAACCCAAGAAGACUUGAGGCUGUAAUCGCUGCCAAAGGUGCUUCAACAAAGUGCUGAGUAAAGGGUCUGAAUACUUACUGUAAUAUUUUCUUUUUGUUUUGCAAAAAUGUCUAAAAACCUGUUUUUGCUUUGUCAUUAUGGGGUAUUGUGUGUAGAUUGAGGGGAAAAAAUAAUUUACUCAAUUUUAGAAUAAGGCUGUAACCUAACAAAAUCUGGAAAAAGUCAAGGGGUCUGAAUACUUUCCGAAGGCAUUGUAAGUUCAGGAGUAAAAAUGUGCUUAACAAGUCACAUAAUAUGUUGCAUGGACUGACUCUGUGUGCAAUAAUAGUGUUUAACAUGAUUUUUGAAUGACUACCUCAUCUCUGUACCCCACACCUACAAUUAUCUGUAAGGUUCCUCAGUCGAGCAGUGAAUUUCAAACAGAGAUCCAACCACAAAGACCAGGGAGGUUUUUCAUAGCCUCGCAAAGAAUGGCACCUAUUGGUAGAUGGAUAAAAAAGCAGACAUUGAAUAUCCCUUUGAGCAUGGUGAAGUUAUAAAUUACACUUUGGAUGGUGUAUCAACACACCCAGAUACAGGCGUCCUUCAUAACUCAGUUGCCGGAGAGGAAGGAAACUGCUAAGGGAUUUCACCAUGAGGCCAAUGGUGACUUUAAAACAGUUACAGAGUUUAAUGGCUGUGACAGGAGAAUGGAUCAACAGGAUGGAUCAACAACAUUGUAGUUACUCCACAAUACUAUCCUAAAUGACAGAGUGAAAAGAAGAAGGAAGCCUGUACAAAAUACAAAUAUUUCAAAACAUGCAUCCUGUUUGCAACAAGUCAUUAAAGUAAUACUACAAGAAGUGUGGCAAAGCAAUUCACUUUUUGUCCUGAAUAUAUUUGGGAAAAAUCCAUUACAACAUUAUUGAGUUUCAGGAUAAAACAAUUAAUGUGAUGGUGCUAAGCACAUAACAAAAUCCUAGCGGAAAACCUGGAUUAGUCAGCUUUCCACCAGACACUGGGAGAUGAAUUCACCUUUCAGCAGGACAAUAACCUAAAACACAAGACCAUAUAUACACUGGGGUUGCUUACCAAGAGGACAGUGAAUGUUCCUGAGUGGCCAAAUUACAAUUUUGACUUAAUUCUACUUGAAAAUCUAUGGCAAGACCUGAAAAUGGUUGUCUAGCAAUGACCAACAAUCAUUUUGACAGAGCUUGAAGAAUUUCGAAAAGAAUAAUGGGCAAAUGUUGCACAAUCCAGGUGUGGAAAGCUCUUAUAGACUUGCCCAGAAAGACUCACAGCUGUAAUCGCUGCCAAAGGUGCUUCUACAAAAUAUUGACUCAGGGGUGUGAAUACUUAUGUAAAUUAGAUAUUUCUGUAUUUCAUUUUCAAUAAAUUUGCACAAAUUUCUAAAAACAUGUUUUCACUUUGUCAUUAUGUGGUAUUGUGUGUAGAUGGGUGAGAAAAACAAAUCUAUGUAAUCCAUUUUGAAUUCAGGCUGUAACAUAACAAAAUGUGGAAUAAGUCAAAGUGUAUGAAUACCUUUUGAUGGGAGGCUGGCUGAAUUAGUUAUACCUCUUACCUUUGUAUGUCAAGCAUACUUGUGAUACACAAAAGGAUUACCUACAAGGCCGGUGUAUCCACUCUGUCAGGGAAGACAUCGCUCAGAGUCCAUUUAGUCUACGUGAACUGUACACCAAUGACUAAAUGUGAUAGACUGUAAAAACAUUAGUGAAAGAGUACAUACAAGGCUGCUAAAACUUUGGGACUAUCCCUUAGUAUUGAUCAAAUGCAACGAGUCAUAUACUUGGUGAUUUUUCAUUAAAAAACCCUGGGCACCAACCAGAAACCUUUCCAAAAAUUCCUGAAAGAAAACUAGAUCUCGUCCUGAUAUUCUCCCCCAUAGGGAUGAGGUCGGUGAAAUGCCCCUGGGCCUGGUUGCACAAGGAGAGGGCUAAAACAUGGCUCCUUUUCCCUUUCCUCUUUCCUCUGCCCCAGAUCUCAUUCUUCCCUUGUGAGCCUCUUCAUUCCAACCACUAGCUAGCUAUCUAGACCUGUUUCCUUAGGCCAGCUCUGACUUUCUCCUCCACUAGAGGAUGGCUGUGCUGUUCCAAAAGGCACAGUAGGGCUGGUUGAAGGGCUGCUUGGGCCGUAAGGAGAGGCUGACACUACACAGAGAAAGUAGAUCAUUGGGUUCCUGCUACAAGACAAAAAAAGCUUAUUGCUUCUCCUCCUAGUUCCAUAAGUGUAGAGCUUUGUACCAGUGAGAUGAGUAACUUGCUAUUAUAAUAAUGGCCUUUACCAUAUCUCACAGACACUGGGGCACCUUGCAAUUAUACUGGGGAAAGGGGAAUACCUAGCCAGUUGCACAACUGAAUACAUUAAACCGAAAUGUCUUCUGCAUUUAAACCAACCCCUCUGAAUCAGAGAAGUGUGGGGGGGUGCCUUAAUCGACAUCAUUGGCGCCCAAGGAGCAGUUGUUGGGGUUAACUGUCUUGCUCAAGGGCAGAAUGGUAGAUUUUUCCACCUUGCCGGUUAGGGGAUUCGAACUAGCAACCUUUCGGUUACUGGCCCAACACUCUUAAUGGCUAGGGUACCUGCCACCCAUACUCUACUGUACUCGUGUGGAUUUAAAUAAACAACACUAUAGUCUUGGAUUUAGAUUAGUAUUGUCUUGGAUUUCCUCCACAAAAACGCUUUUGUUUUGAUGUGGCAUUAAACAUACUGCAGUUGAACAGAAUGUCUUCGUCUUCAAGCAAAGUCACAUUCAUUCGUGCACACAAUUGAAAACGAAAAGGUCCAGGUAGGCCAUCUCUAUUUCAGUCUGUGUUCUUGUGCUUGGUGCCCAUUGAACACGACCUAGGUACUCAGUAUGGCAAGUUUGUGAAGACCCUCCACAAAACAUUGCCCGGUCCUAGACAACUUUUAUCCCUGGCCUCAUACAGUAUAUUUCAACCCUCCUUUCCUGUGUAUCACUCGAAGACACAAAGGGCUUUUGUUGUCGAAGGAGACGCAAACCUUUCCCCAUGGCUAUAAAAAGAUUAUGUAUGAUUAGCUUAUUGAAAAACUCUCACAUCACAGUGCUCUGUUUAUGUCUCCCAUCCAAUUAUUUUUUUCUAAUGAACAUAAGGUGUCUAUAUUAGCAGGAGCUGAUGCGCCUGUGCGGUCAUGGUGAUUCUCUAUUGGCUGCAUAAGAUGUGGGCACCACAAACCCUCUGUAAAUGUGUUUAUUGUACAUGCUGGUAGCCAGACAGUUUCAAUAUAUAACAAUCGUCCCUUGAAACAUACUGCCAUUGAAAUAAAGUAAACCGUGCAUAUGAAUGUGCAGAUGUGGCGGUGAAGAGUCUGUUUUGAAACAUUCUAUAUUUUCUCAGCAGUCAGGGAGGUUAGUGUGAAUGCAGCCAUUGGGAUGUUACGGGUCAGGAUUUGACAGAGUGAUGGCUGCUGUGUAUGAUAAGCAUUGAUUAUUGAACUGCAUUUUAAGCCUGUACAUUUCUUCCUUUCUCUGUCUCCCUUCUUUUUUCUGUCCCCCUCUCUCAUCCCUCUCUGUCUGUAUCUCUCCUUCCUUCUGUUUCUCUCUCUCUCUCUCUCUCUCUCUCUCUCUCUCUCUCUCUCUCUCUCUCUCUCUCUCUCUCUCUCUCUCUCUCUCCCUCCCUUCUUCUCUCCCUUCUUCUCUCCCUCUCUCUGCCUCCCCCCUCCUCCCUUCAUCCCUCUCUCUCAGCGGCCUGUAAGGACCACCGGCGGGCUCUGGAGGUGUCCCAACACUCAGAGGAGAUGGGGCUGAUCCUGGGGGUGUGUGCUGGGGGCCUGGUGGUGCUCAUCCUGCUCCUGGGGGCCAUCAUCAUCAUCAUCAAGAAGGGGUGAGUCACUGGCCCACAUUUUUAUACCACCUCAAAGGCACAUGAUUACCACACAGCGUGGUAAUUGUUUCCUAACUGACAAUUCUCUGGACCACACAAACCAUGCUUGUGUAUCUGUAGAAUGUUGAUGUUAUUUUUGAGAUUCUACCCUCGAGUUUUCCCUAGAACUCGCAAGGGGGGGGGGGGGCUGCACUACCUCCCAUUCCCUUAUGGUGUACCAGAGGGACCACACCGCUCUCAUCUGCAGGGCUUAUCUGAGUGUGAAAUAUUUAAUUAAAGGCGAAUACAAUUCAAUAACUCACUUAAUUACGCACGCCCGGCAGCGGCAUGACCCAUAAAUGAGAGGAUAAUUUGGAGGGAAAAGGUGUGCUUUAGGAGAUGAUUAGCCUAGCCACUAGCCUAGCCACCUCCCCGCAGGUGAUGACAACGAGAGGGGCGCCCCACCCACCUUUGUGGUGGCAUAUGACCCAGACGUUACUCCCUACUCAUAUACUCCCUUUCACAGGAGUGACUUGAGGGGAGUAUCUGGGUUUUGCCCGCUUUUUAUUGUCCCACUCUAUAUUUAAAUGUAAACUGAGCAAAAAAAGAAAUGUCCUCUCACUGUCAACUGUGUUUAUUUUCAGCAAACUUAACAUAUUUGUAUGAACAUAACAAGAUUCACCAACUGAGACAUAACCUGAACAAGUUCCACAGACAUGUGACUAACAGAAAUUGAAUAAUGUGUCCCUGAACAAAGGGGGGGUCAAAAUCAAAAGUAACAGUCAGUAUCUGGUGUGGCCACCAGCUGCAUUAAGUACUGCAGUGCAGCUCCUCCUCAUGGACUGCACCUGAUUUGCCAGUUCUUCCUGUGAGAUAUUACCCCACUCUUCCACCAAGGCACCUGCAAGUUGCUGGACAUUUCUGGGGGGAAUGGCCCUAGCCCUCACCCUCCGAUCCAACAGGUCCCAGACGUGCUCAAUGGGAUUGAGAUCCAGGCUCUUCACUGGCCAUGGCAGAACACUGACAUUCCUGUCUUGCAGGAAAUCACGCACAGAACGAGCAGUAUGGCUGGUGGCAUUGUCAUGCUGGAGGGUCAUGUCAGGAUGAGCCUGCAGGAAGGGUACCACAUGAGGGAGGAGGAUGUCUUCCCUGUAACGCACAGCGUUGAGAUUGCCUGCAAUGACAACAAGCUCAGUCCAAUGAUGCUGUGACACACUGCUCCAGACCAUGACGGACCCUCCACCUCCAAAUCGAUCCCGCUCCAGAGUACAGGCCUCGGUGUAACGCUCAUUCUUUCGACGAUAAACGCGAUUCCGACCAUCACCCCUGGUGAGACAAAACUGCGACUCGUCAGUGAAGAGCACUUUUAGCCAGUCCUGUCUGGUCCAGCGACGGUGGGUUUGUGCCCAUAGGCGACGUUGUUGCCGGUGAUGUCUGGUGAGGACCUGCCUUACAACAGGCCUACAAGCCCUCAGUCCAGCCUCUCUCAGCCUAUUGUGGACAGCCUGAGCACUGAUGGAGGGAUUGUGCGUUCCUGGUGUAACUUGGGCAGUUGUUGUUGCCAUCCUGUACCUGUCCAGCAGGUGUGAUGUUCGGAUGUACCAAUCCUGUGCAGGUGUUGUUACAUGUGGUCUGCCACUGCGAGGACAAUCAGCUGUCCGUCCUAUCUCCCUGUAGCACUGUCUUAGGCGUCUCACAGUACGGACAUUGCAAUUUAUUGCCCUGGCCACAUCUGCAGACCAUAAGCAAAUAGGUAAACUGGGAUAAUACUACAGAGUUAAUCAGGGUGAUUUUUCCACAAAUUGACAGGUAUUUACCUUUCCAUGGUAGCAAGAUCUUAUCUAUUUUUGCUAAUUUUCUAUUAAAAUUGAUUGGAGUAAGAUCAUUUAUUUCAUUUGGGAUAUGUAUUCCGAGUAUAUCCACAUCACCAUCAGACCAUUUUAUUGGUAAACUACAUGGUAAUGUAAAUGUUUUUUAUUUUUUAGUGAUCCAAUACGUAAUAUAGUACAUUUAUCAUAUUUGGUUGUAAUCCAGAGAGGUUAGAAAAUGUUUCUAGAUCCUCUGAGGCUGUGGAGGAAUUCAAGUUGUGGAUUUAAAAGAAAACAUGAAUCAUCAGCGUACUAUGACACCUUUGUUUUUAAGCCCUGUAUUUCUAAUCCCUUGAUAUUAUUGUUGGAUCUGAUUUUAAAAUCUAACAUCUCGAUGGCCAUAAUAAAUAGAUAUGCCGAAAGUGGACAACCUUGUUUCACUCCUCUUGACAGUUUAAAACUUUCUGAGAAAUAGCCAUUAUUUACUAUUUUACACCUAGGGUUACUAUACAUGAUUUUAACCCAAUUUAUAAGAGAUUCUCCAAAAUUGAAAUGCUCCAGGCAUUUAUAUAUAAACCCCUGUCGUACUUGAUCAAAUACCUUUUCGUAGUCUGCUAUGAAUAGCAGGCCUGGUUUCCAGAUUUUACAUAAUGUUUUAUUGUUUCCAGUACUUGCCUUAUAUUAUCUCCAAUGUAUCGUCCAUGUAAAAAACCUGUCUGAUUAGAAUGAAUAAUGUCCGACAAUACCUUUUUAAUUCUAUGCGCUAUACAUUUUACUAUAAUUUUUGCAUCACAACACUGAAGUGUAAGGGGCCUCCAACUGACUGGAUCUUUAUAUUUUCCACUUGUAUCCUGUUUCAGUAAUAAUUAAAUCAGACCUUCUUCUUGAGUGUCUGAUAAUUUAUCAUUUACAUACAGGGAAAAAAGUAUCAGAAAUAUUUGGCAAAUAGAAAUCAAACUGGAUGGACAUCAGAAAUAGAUGAGAGAGGUUGAGGGUAGAGGAAGGACAGCACUAAAAACAAACAAAAUAUAACUAUUAUAAAAUAGAUUGUGUCCGUAAAAUGUAUAAGCUGGAAGUAGAAGCCAAGUCUUAUUGUUCAUUAGUUUACACCAAUUAGGGAAGGGUAGUAGGGUUAGUGGAAAAUAAUAAAGGAAAAUAUAUUUUUUAAAAGAUACACACACACACACACACAUAUCUAUAUAUAUAUAUAUACAUUGAAGGAAAAAAGUAUUUGAUCCCCUGCUGAUUUUGUACGUUUGCCCACUGACAAAGAAAUGAUCAGUCUAUAAUUUUAAUGGUAGGCUUAUUUGAACAGUGAGAGACAGAAUAACAACAAAAAAUCCAGAAAAACACAUGAAUGUUAUAAAUUGAUUUACAUUUUAGUGAGGGAAAUAAGUAUUUGACCCCCUCUCAAUCAGAAAUAUUUCUUGCUGCCAGGUGUCUUUUAUACAGGUAACGAGCUGAGAUUAGGAGCACACUCUUAAAGGGAGUGCUCCUAAUCUCAGUUUGUUACCUGUAUAAAAGACACCUGUCCACAGAAGCAAUCAAUCAAUCAGAUUCCAAACUCUCCACCAUGGCCAAGACCAAAGAGCUCUCCAAUGAUGUCAGGGACAAGAUUGUAGACCUACACAAGGCUGGAAUGGGCUACAAGACCAUCACCAAGCAGCUUGGUGAGAAGGUGACAACAGUUGGUGCGAUUAUUGGCAAAUGGAAGAAACACAAAAUAACUGUCAAUCUCCCUUGGCCUGGGGCUCCAUGCAAGAUCUCACCUCGUGGAGUUGCAAUGAUCAUGAGAACGGUGAGGAAUCAGCCCAGAACUGCACGGGAGGAUCUUGUCAAUGAACUCAAGGUAGCUGGGACCAUAGUCACCAAGAAAACAAUUGGUAACACAUUACGCCGUGAAGGACUGAAAUCCUGCAGCGCCCGCAAGGUCCCCUUGCUCAGGAAAGCACAUAUACAGGGCCAUCUGAAGUUUUCCAAUGAACAUCUGAAUCAUUCAGAGGAGAACUGGGUGAAAGUGUUGUGGUCAGAUGAGACCAAAAUCGAGCUCUUUGGCAUCAACUCAACUCACCGUGUUUGGAGGAGGAGGAAUGCUGCCUAUGACCCCAAGAACACCAUCCCCACCGUCAAACAUGGAGGUGGAAACAUUAUGCUUUGGGGGGGGGUGUUUUUCUGCUAAGGGGACAGGACAACUUCACCGCAUCAAAGGGACGAUGGACGGAGCCAUGUACUGUCAAAUCUUGGGUGAGAACCUCCUUCCCUCAGCCAGCGCAUUGGAAAUGGGUCGUGGAUGGGUAUUCCAGCAUGACAAUGACCCAAAACACACGGCCAAGGCAACAAAGAAGUGGAUCAAGAAGAAGCACCUUAAGGUCCUGGAGUGGCCUAGCCAGUGUCCAGACCUUAAUCCCAUAGAAAAUCUGUGGAGGGAGCUGAAGGUUCGAGUUGCCAAACGUCAGCCUCGAAACCUUAAUGACUUGGAGAAGAUCUGCAAAGAGGAGUGGAACAAAAUCCCUCCUGAGAUGUGUGCAAUCCUGGUGGCGAACUACAAGAAACGUCUGACCUCUGUGAUUGCCAACAAGGGUUUUGCCACCAAGUACUAAGUCAUGUUUUGCAGAGGGGUCAAAUACUUAUUUCCCUCAUUAAAAUGCAAAUCAAUUUAUAACAUUUUUGAGAUGCGUUUUUUCAUCAUGUCUUUGUCAGUGGGCAAACGUACAAAAUCAGCAGGGGAUCAAAUACUUUUUUCCCUCACUGUAGGAGUGGUUAAAACAUGCUAAUAACGUUCCUCUGAAUAUAUCAAAAAAAGGUUUGGUAUACCUCGACUGGCAUGCCAUCCAACCCUGGAGUUUUCCCGGACUUAAAGUAUUUAAUUGCAUCCAGAAGUUCGUCCUCUGUAAUUUCACCCUCACAUGAGUAUUUCUGUAUUUUACAAUAGAAAAAAAUCUCUACAAUUAGCUUCAGUUAAACAAUAAGUAUUUCUAGUCCCAUAUUCAUAGCAUGCAAUGACUACAUCUAGCUUGUGACUCUACAAAUUUGUUGGAUGCAUUUGCUGUUCGUUUGGUUGUGUUUCAGAUGAUUUUAUGCCCAAUAGAAAUGAAUGGUAAACUAUUAGGUUAUUUUGGAGUCAGUUUUAUUGUAAAUAAGAAUAUAAUAUGUUUCUAAACACUUCUACAUGAAUAUGGAUGCUACCAUGAUUACGGAUAAUCCUAAAUGAAUGUGAAUAAUGAUGAUUGAGAAAGUUACAGAUGCACAAAUAUCAUACCCCCAAGACAUGCUAACCUCUCACCAUUACAAUAACAGUGGAGGUUAGCAUUUUUUUUUUUUGGGGGGGGGGGGGGGGUAUAUUUUUUGUGCUUCUGUGACUUUCUGUAACUUUCUGCACUGUAAUUUUUUUCAUCAAUUAUAAAUGUCUCAUGUUCCAACCCCAUCAUAACUCAAAGUCUGGUCUAGGCUUGCUCAGAAAUAGGUGGACAUUUCUCAAUUAGGUGAAGAGGGUGGUUGACAGGUUCCAUUCCAGCUGAACAGGCAUUAUACAUUUUAUUUAUUUUAAUUUAACCUUUUUUUAACCAGGUUUCUCAUUGAGAUUUAAAACUCUUGUUCAAUAGAGACCUGGCCAAUAUAGCAGCACAUUAAGUUUCAUACAGACACAUUUACAACAUAAAACACAAGGCACUACAGUUAAAAAAAACAUACAUUUACACAUUGAGCAGGCAUGUUGUAGGGAGAUAACACAGUUCAUAUUGUUUCCAGUCUGUUAAAGCAUCAGUAGCUCUCUAAUGUAGCAUUUCCAUGGCUAUGGAGAGGAUAUGAAAAGUAAUUGAUUAAAGGUUCCUGUUGGUUCCGGUUAGGUUCCCCCAAGUAGUUCAAUAAAAAAACAGUUUGCUCAUCAACAAUGCCUUACCAGUGUAACUAACAUACUGUGGGCGGCAGGUUAGCGGUUAAGAGUGUUGGGCCAGCAACCGAAAGGUCGCUGGAUCGAAUCCCUGAGCCGGCAAUGUGGAAAAAUCUGCCGUUCUGCCCUUGAGCAAGGUAGUUAACCCCCAACAACUGCUCCCCGGGUGCUGAUGAUGUCGAUUAAAGCAGACCCCGCACCUCUCUGAUUCUGAUUCAGAGGGGUUAGGUUAAAUGCAGAAUACAUAUUUUGGUUAAAUGCAUUCAGUUGUGCAACUGACUAGGUAAUCCCCUAUAUGUAGCCUAUUAAAACACACUAUAUAUUGUGGCAGACCAGGGGGUUUAAUCUAAACAUUUACACAGAUCAGACACGGACACAAGUGUGAUACCUCAGUUUCAAGGGUGUUUAUUUUAAAACAAUAAAGAAAAUAACCACGUCUCCUCCAGGAGACCUCUUCCGGGUUAGCAACUUCUGGGCUACGGGGAAUGCUGUCUCUUUUGGGGUAGAACACCGAGCCCCUCGGUUCUAGCAACCUCUCACUACCUCCGCCUCUCCCCUGUGCUGCCCUCCUGGCAGCUUUAUGGGCCCCGUACGGCUGGUGAGCAAUCAGCCCCUUGAUUACUCACCAGCCUCAAUCAAACCCAAUUAGUCCUGGCCUGAGGACCCGUCGAGACCUGGCACGUCCAGCAGAAGGAGCCACCGCCGCGUGAUGUAGACUCCGUCUGUUACCAGGCCUCGACGAGUCUCUCCCUGGUGGCUUGUCCGUGGUGCGCCACAAUAUACGCCACAAUAUACAAAAGUAUGUGGACAGCCCUUCAAAUUAGUGGAUUAGUCUAUUUCAGCUACACCCGUUGCUGACAGGUGUAUAAAAUUGAGCACAUAGCCAUGCAAUCUCCAUAGACAAACAUUAGCUGUAGAAUGGCCUUACUGAAGAGCUCAAUGACUUUCAACGUGGCACCGUCAUAGGAUGCCACCUUUCCAACAAUCAGUUCGUAAAAUGUCUGUCCUGCUAGAGCUGCCCCAGUCAACUGUAAGUUCUGUUAUUGUGAAGUGGAAACGUCUAGGAGCAACAAAGGCUCAACCGCGAAGUGAUAGGCCACACAAGCUCACAGAACGGGAUCGCCGAGUGCUGAAGCACGUAAAAAUUGUCUGUCCUCGGUUGCAACACUCACUACCGAGUUCCAAACUGCCUCUGGAAGCAACGUCAGCACAAUAACUGUUUGUUGGGAGCUUCAUGAAAUAGGUUUCCAUGGCCGAGCAGCCGCACACAAACCUAAAAUCACCAUGCUCAAUGCAAAGCGUCGGCUGGAGUGGUGUAAAGCUCGCCACCAUUGGACUCUGGAGCAGUGGAAAAGCGAUCUCUGGAGUGAUGAAUCACUCCAAUGGUGAAUCUGGGUUUGGCGGAUGCCAGGAGAACGCUACCUGCCCGAAUGCAUAGUGCCAACUGUAAAGUUUGGUGGAGGAGGAAUAAUGGUCUGAAGCUGUUUUUCAUGGUUCGGGCUAGGCCCCUUAGUUCCAGUGAAGGGGAAUCUUAACGCUACAGCAUACAAUGACAUUCUAGACGAUUCUGUGCUUCCAACUUUGUGGCAACAAUUUGGGGAAGGCCCUUUCUUGUUUCAGCAUGACAAUGCUCCCAUGCACAAAGCAAGGUCCAUACAGAAAUGGUUUGUCGAGAUCUGUGUGGAAGAGCUUGACUGGCCUGCACAGAGCCCUGACCUCAACCCCAUCGAACACCUUUGGGAUGAAUUGGAACACCGACUGCCAGCCAGGCCUAAUCGCCCAACGUCCGUGCCCGACCUCACUAAUGCUCAUGGCUGAAUGGAAGCAAGUCCCCGCAGCAAUGAUUCAACAUCUAGUGGAAAGCCUUCCCAGAAGAGUGGAGGCUGUUAUAGCAGCAAACUGGGGACCAACUCCAUGAUUUUGGAAUGAGAUGUUCGACGAGCAGGUAUCCACAUACUUUUGGUAAUGUACAUACUUAGAGUCCCAGGGUUGUGGGUUCGAUUCCCACGGGGAACCAGUAUGAAAAUGUAUGCACUCACUAACUGUAAGUCGCUCUGGAUAAGACUAUAUUUUUUAUUAAUUUUUUAUUUAUAUUUUAUUGACUAAAAUGUAAAAAUGUAAAAGUAGUGUAUCUAGGCCUAUGAAAAAUUAGUCUCAAGUUAUUAUUUUCUAUGAAGUCGAGUCUCAAGUCAUCAAAUUUGACUCGAGUCCACACCUAUGGCACACACAACCCUGGAGAAGAAAGAAAAAACACAUUAUUCCAGUUUACUCCACUAAGCCACCAUGAAGUUAGCUCUUAGCUGGAUGAAUGCUACAUUUGCUCUGGCAGGAAGCGACAUGAUUUACUCGUUAAAGGGGAACACAGUGACAUAUUCAAUUAGAGGCUGGUCUAGCUGCUUUGGCUGUGGUUUGGUCCUGUCACCGCGUGGUAAAUGCAUGAGUCACAAGGUCCAACCAGACGUUGCAGAGACCGUUGCCACUUUCACGUUAAGGAAUCCAUCCCUCGGCCGGCCGGCAUUUUUUGCAUCUCACAUCUUCUUAUUUCUCUUGAUCCUUUUCUCUGCCUUCCCUCCAACUCACUCGCCAGAAGGGACUACUACUCAUACUAUCCGUAAGUGACGCCAACCCUCCUUCCUUUCCAUUGUUUUGCCAGUCGAUCAUUCACAUGCUUGUGCUCCCUGGCUGCCAAUGAAGCGUUUCAGUGGCCAAAUCAAUCUCUCUCUCUCUCUCUCUCUCUCUCUCUCUCUCUCUCUCUCUCUCUCUCUAGGAAGCCAGUGAACAUAAAUAAGACGCCCAUAACGUAUCGUCAGGAGAAGAGUCACAUGGGUUCCAUGGAGCGCAGUUUCACUGACCAGAGUACUCUGCAGGAGGACGAGCGCAUGGCCCUCUCUUUCAUGGAUGCACACACCUGCAGCACGCGCAGUAAGACAUACAUGUACACGUGCACACACACACACCUGCAGUAUAUGCUGUCAAAUAAAAAAGAAGACACCAGCAAUCAAGCCAUGAUGCAUUCCUGGAACACCUGAGGACUAAAAUAUUCACUCACAUAAUCACUUAGGACAAGCUUUUCCCAAAAUGUUCAUCAAACGCUCCCACAAUAUUGUGUGUGAACUUAAUACCUCCCACAACAUCCAUUUAGUCUUAGAAAAGCUUCAUAUAAUUCAGAAGCGGCUGUACUCCCUGCAGCAGAUCCACAGUCUAAAAUAAGAUAACGAGAAACAUUAAAUUGCAAGCAGAAGUAAAGUGAAACACCUUCAGGCUAUAAAAUGAUUUGUGAUUCUAAUCAUCUUCCUUCUCAUCUCGAUAUCUUGAAAUAUUAAGGUGCAUAACAGAAAUGGAAAGAAAAAUCAUGUUGUUAAAUUUUUUUGGGUUUUUCAUGUCCUGGGCCCGGUUGCAUAAAACACCUUAAGUUAAUUUCCCACCUAUCUUUUCCCUUAAAGUUUCCUGAACUUUAAGUCAGUUGCACAAAACAUUUAAGGGGAAUUUCCCCCUUAAAUUAAGUGAACAUUUUAAGGGUGCCCAUGAGGUCCCUUAACUGCUUUAUUCAGUAUGGAUGGAAACAGCAUUUGUGGAGGUGAAUGUUGCUUUCAUUUGCUCUGGUUACAAAAGGAAAACAUCAACCAGCGAGCUGCUUAGCUAAACAAUGGAAGGUACACAAUCCAUGGCUACAAAGCUAGCUGGCUAGCUAGCUAUAGCUACUCUGUAAGCUAGCUUGACGUACUAGAAAGUAACAUAAACAAGUUGAGAAAAAAGUAACUAAAAUAAAUGUGGUUUAGUAUCUUCUGAAGCAAUUUGGUUAUCCUGUCUUGAUUGUAGAAGUUCUACUUUGCUAUCUCACAAAAUGAAAGUGAUCUCUUUGAGGAGACGUUUAGUCAGUGAAUCAGGCCGUCUCCAUGGUAACCAGAUACUCUUUCUGCCAUACAUGCCUUCAAACUAAGGAAAUAUUUGAGGGGCUCUAUGCAACGCCCUUAAACAUUCCCUAAGGUAAGGGAAAAUGAUUCCUUAAGGUAAACACUUAAGAUGUUUUAUGCAACCGGGCCCUUGUGUACUUAAUAGUUAAUCAAAGAGAUAGAAUAGAUGGUGUCAUCUCAAUCAAAUAUUACUACCCAAACAAACCAAUCUCACUUUACUGUCAGCAACUUCAAUAAUACAUACAAUAGCUGGGUCCAUUCUGACACCAUACAGUUUUCUAUAUACCUAUAGCCUAUGGAAUAUUGACUGGCAUUGACGUCAACAGGAGUUUCAUAUGAAAAAUCAAGUUACGAACAUAUUACUCAAUUUUGUCUAACUCUAUGCCUAAUGGUGCCUCCUUCCUUUGUCCUCCUCUCAUAGGUGAGCAGCGUAGCUCAGUGAACGAGUCCAGUAGUCUUCUGGGGGGUUCCCCGCGACGGCAGUGUGGGCGUAAGGGCUCACCCUACCACACGGGUCAGCUCCACCCUGCUGUGCGCGUGGCCGACCUUCUACAGCACAUCAACCAGAUGAAAACUGCAGAGGGCUACGGCUUCAAACAGGAGUACGAGGUAGGAAGUAUGGGGACAGAGGCAUGGUUGUGGCCGAUGUGUGUUUGUGUGGUGUAAGGGUGUAUUGCUGGGUAAGGUGUGAGAAAAUACAAGUUUGUAGUCAUGUCAUCAUACACUGUUUAAAAUGUAGAAUAAGUCAUAAUUUACAAGUCAAAAUUGUAGACAGGAGAUUAUACAUUUAGUAGUCAGAUUGUGUGAAGUCACUCAUAUCCCAGUUCUCACAGACUGCAAAAAUGUAUGAUCAGGGUUAAAAUACACUUCUUGGACCAAGUUGACUGUGAGACUAUUAAUAAAUCAUCAUUGUCUGGAUCUCAAAUAGCCCCUCUGUCAGAGUGGCUGUAGCAGUGUAGCUGAUGAAGCCCCCCAAUCCCCAGGGGAUCCCAACCCCUGGCAGUCCUCCAUUACCACACUGAUAAAAGAAGAUCCUCUGGACUCUGGUUGCAGGAUAGUUCUCAAUAGAGGUUUUUGGGCUCCACCACUGCGAAGUGGCUGGGGUGUGAUGUAUAGGAUGCCACCGAGUUGAAAGUGUUCUUAAGUGGUGCACGGCACAACGAGGGAGACAUUUUGUGAAAUCAGAUCUGCAAUUAAGGAGAGAAGCCUGGAGGGACUGACAGGCUAUGUUCCAAACCUCUUUAUGCAUCAGAGAGUGUGUGUUAAGGAGAGUCUUGCUCGGUUCACUUAUCUCUCGACAUGCAGACUGUGGAACUGAGUCUGUACUUUACUGUAGGCAGAGAGGGACAUUGUUUUUGUUUUGGGAGACAAGCAGAACUGAACACACUUAUUAUUCCAGUACCUCUGUAACGGCUGAUUUCCAUGGCUGUCUGGAUGCGUCGGGCCACAUUUUGGAGGGCACACAGCCCUGAAACAUGUCCCCCAGGUGGGAUACUACUCCAGUCGAGAGCAGACUCUGGGGUGAGCUCCAUCCCUGUCUGUCGCCUGUGGUUUCCCUGUCACAUGUCAAGGAAAAUAGAGAAAAUAUCUCACUCCCCCAAUUUCUCCCUGGCUACAUGCUUGCCCCUCUGGAACUCUGCUUGUAGACUCAGUAAACUGUCCCCCAUGGGCAAAACAAUCUCCACUACAAACAUCUAUAUUCAGCUCCCUGUAUUUUCUAUAUCUGUGUCUCUCUCCAUUACAAUUGAAAACAAUGAGGACUAUCAGCUCGUGCUCUCCUGACUGGCCUAGGCUUUAUUUCCCAGUGGAAUGCUCUCUGCAGUGCAUUGUAAAGGACUGGCAUGUCUGAAUUCCCACUGCAGUCACCUGCAGGUAAACACUAAGAUAUACAUUGGAGAACUCAGGCAUUCACUAUGCUGUACAGGGCAUCACCUUGAGGCAAAGCUUGAAAGGCAUAAUAUAUCUAUUGAUAAUUCAUUGUGUGCGGAAUGAAGUAAACAAAACAAGAGCUGUUUUCACAGAUCACAGCCAAGAAUUGAGCCAGUUUUUCAAUUAUGUCCUCAGGAUGUUGACUUAUACUGUCAUUAUGCUUAGGAAAAAGGAAAGCAGUCAAAACAGGUGGGAUGGUUGAUACAGUAAUAUUGCACUGGGGGAGAAAAGAGACAGCAAUAAUUUGAAAUCACUGCAGCAAAAUGAUUCAUAGCAAAGUUAUGCUACGGCUCAGACUGUUCUUCACUGUGUCUCGUCUUUGUCUUCCAUCCGAGUUUUACUCUUCAUUUUUUGUGUGAUCCUCAGAACCAAUUAACCCCUCCCUCCCUUCCUGCACCCUCCCCCCCCCGAUCCAUGGGCCUCACUCUCCACGUCUAUAUUGGGAAAAGUGGGGGGGUUGGUGUAAUCCCAGGCAGGGUUUGGCCAGUUACUCUCUCUCUGGGGAGAAGCGGGGUUGUAAUCCCCUGCUCAGCAUGCAGGACUCAGGCUUGGAUUCACCCAGAGUCCCCCCUGGUGGCUGAACAACCACAGGGGUGUGUGUUGGGGGGAACUUGGCCCCACACACUAGGUUGAGAGGAGUAGUUUGGCUGAUAAGAGCAUAAGAGAGCUGGAUACCGCUGCUGGGGUUGCCGUGGAGUCAGGACUGUCAUGGGAUGGCGAUAGUGGGGCAUGGUGAUGAGAUGAGAGGAGCGUGUUGGAACAGAGUUGUGGAUGGGGCCGUAUGGGAUUCACUAAAGUGCUCUCUCUGUGUGUGAACAUGAAGCUAAGGCCCUUCCACAUGUUCUGCAUGAUCAGUUAAUGUGAACAGGUCAUCUAUGAUGCUUUUAAACUCCCUUUCAGUCUGAAUGGUCUUUGAAUAGCACUACACCGUCGUGAUGUAUGCAUUGGCUCACUACUUGAAAGAUAGUGCUCCAAUUAUAGCCAUUAAUUUUCCAUUUCCCCCUUACGUCGCUCAAACACAACAGACAAAUGCAGAUAUAAUGGUUUAGAAGAGACGCAUUGUAAAUAUGUUUGACUCGAUAGGGGAAGGGUGGUAUUGGUGAUAGUAUCAUUAACAUAUACUUUCCUACACCUCUACAGAGCUUCUUUGAUGGCUGGGACUGCACCAAAAAGAAGGACAAAACUAAAGGGAGGCAUGACACGUUGAUGGGAUGUAAGUCAUCAUGGACAUGCCAGCCCUCUUAUGACGAAAGCACUGAUCACCGUAAGCAAUACUGUCAAUCACAAAUAUUUGUUCUAUUUUUUUGCGAUGAAAUGUAGGAUCUUUUGGCUAGGUCUUCCAUGUAAAAUAGGUAUUUUUACCUCAGUGGAAGAACCUGAGGUAAAAUAUAUAUAUAUAUAUAUAUAUAUAUAUAUAUAUAUAUAUAUAUAUAUAUAUAUAUAUAUAUAUAUAUAUAUAUAUAUAUAUAGUACCAGUAAAAAGUUUGGACACACCUACUCAUUCAAGGGUUUUUCUUUAUUUUUACUAUUUUCUACAUUGUAGAAUAAUAGUGAAGACAUCAAAACUAUGAAAUAACACAUGUAGUAACCAAAAAGUGUUAAACAAAUCAAAAUAUAUUUUAGAUUUUAGAUUCUUCAAAGUAGCCACCCUUUGCCUUGAUGACAGCUUUGCACACUCUUGGCAUUCUCUCAACCAGCUUCAUGAGGAAUGCUUUUGCAACAGUGUUAAAUGAGCUGCUAUAGACUACAAAGUGCUAACAGGCAGUAUCUGGAUAGCAUGUGUGAAAUGCUUGAUAAUGUAUGUGGUAUCAACAGAGAAGUAUAUUUUUUGGGUGAUUUAAAUAUUGACUGGCUCUCAUCAAGCUGCCCACUCAAGAAAAAAUGUCAAACUGUAGCAAGUGCCUGCAACCUGGUUCAGGUUGUCAGUCAACCUACCAGGGUAGUUAGCUUUGAGUAAAACCAGUGUGUCUAUGUAUGCGGAUGACUCAACACUAUACACGUCAGCUACUACAGCAACUGAAAUAACUGCAACACUUAACAAAGAGCAACAGUUAUUUUCAGAAUGGUAGCAAGGAGUAAGUUAGUCCUAAAUAUUUCCUAAACUAAAAGCAUUGUAUUUGGGACAAAUCAUUCACUAAAUCCUAAACCUCAACCACAUCUCGUAAUGAAUAAUGUGGAAAUUGAGCAAGUUGAGGUGACUAAACUGCUUGGAGUAACCCUGGAUUGUAAACUGUCAUGGUCAAAACAUAUUGAUACAACAGUAGCUAAUAUGGGGAAAAGUCUGUCCAUAAUAAAGCUCUGCUCUGCCUUCUUAACAACACUAUCAACAAGGCAGGUCCUAGUUUUGUCGCACCUAGACUACUGUUCAGUAGUGUGGUCAGGUGCCACAAAGAGGGACUUGGGAAAAUUGCAGUUGGCUCAGAACAGGGCAGCACGGCUGGCCCUUAAAAGUACACGGAUAGCUAAAACUAAUGACAUGCAUGUCAAUCUCUCCUGGCUCAAAGUGGAAGAGAGAUUGACUUCAUCGCUACUUGUUUUUGUAAGAGGUGUUGACAUGAAUGUACCGAGCUGUCUGUUUAAAAUACAAGCACACAGAUCAGACACCCAUGCAUACCCCACAAAACAUGCCACCAGAUGUCUCUUCACAGUCCCCAAGUCCAGAACAGACUAUGGGAGGUGCACAGUACUACAUAGAGCCAUGACUACAUGGAACUCUAUUCCACAUCAGGUAACUGAUGCAAGCAGUAGUAUCGGAUUGAAAAAACAGGUAAAAAUACACCUUAUGGAACAACGGGGACUGUGAAGAGACAAACAAAGGUACAGACACAUGCAUACGCACACAUUGUGAUAUUGUUGUAUGGUGGUAUUAAACAUUUUGUAUUGUAGAUAUGUAGUAGUGUAAUAAUAUUAUAUGAUGUACUGUUUUAUAUUUUGUUGUAUAUAUAAAGUAAGUUCUUUAAUAUGUCUGGACCCCAGGAAGAGUAGCUGCUGCCUUGCUUUUCCUUCACUCUGCUGUCCAACUCAUCCCAAACAAUCUCAAUUGGGUUGAGGGCGGGUGAUUGUGGAGGCCAGGUCAUCUGAUGUGGUCCUCCAUCACUCUCCUUGGUCAAAUAGCCCUUACACAGCCUGGAGGUGUGUUUUGGGUCAUUGUCCUGUUGAAAAACAAAUGAUAGUCCCACUAAGCGCAAACCAGAUGGGAUGGCGUAUCGCUGCAGAAUGCUGUGGUAGCCAUGCUGGUUAAGAGUGCCUUGAAUUCUAAAUAAAUCACAGACAGUGUAACCAGCAAAGCACCCCCACACCAUCACACCUCCUCCUCCAUGCUUUACGGUGGGAACCACACAUGCGGAGAUCAUCCGUUCACCUCUGCGUCUCACAAAGACACGGCGGUUGGAACCAAAAUUCUCAAAUUUGGACUCAUCAGACCAAAGGACAGAUUUCCACAGGUCUAAUCUCCAUUGCUCGUGUUUCUUGGCCCAAGCAAGUCUCUUCUUCUUAUUGGUGUCCUUUAGUAGUGGUUUCUUUGCAGCAGUUUGACCAUGAAGGCCUGAUUCACACAGUUGAUGUUGAGAUGUGUCUGUUACUUGAACUAUGUGAAGCAUUUAUUUGGGCUGCAAUCUGAGGUGCAGUUAACUCUAAUGAACCUUUGCUGUGGUGGUCCUCAUGAGAGCCAGUUUCAUCAUAGCGCUUUAUUGUUUUUGCGACUGCACUUGAAGAAACGUUAAAAGUUAUUGACAUUUUCUGGAUUGACUGACCUUCAUGUCUUAAAGUAAUGAUGGACUGUGUUUUCUAUUUGCUUAUUUGAGCUGUUCUUGCCAUAAUAUGGACUUGGUCUUUUACAAAAUAGGGCUAUCUUCUGUAUACCACCCCUACAUUGUCAUAACACAACUGAUUGGCUCAAACAUAUUAAGAAGGAAAGAAAUUACACAAAUUAACUUUUAAUUGAAAUGCAUUCCAGGUGACUACCUUAUGAAGCUGGUUGUGAGAAUGCCAAGAGUGUGUAAAGCUGUCAUCAAGGCAAAGGGUGGCUACUUUGAAGAAUCUCAAAUAUAAAAUAUAUUUUGAUUUGUUUAAAAAAAAUGUGGUUACUACAUGAUUCCAUAUGUGUUAUUUCAUAGUUUUUAUGUCUUCACUAUUAUUUUACAAUGUAGAAAAUAGUAAAAAUAAAGAAAAACCCUUGAAUGAGUAGGUGUGUCCAAACUUUUGACUGGUGCUGUAUAUAUACUGAACAAAAAUAUAAAUGCAACAUGUAAAGUGUUGGUCCCAUGUUUCAUGAGCUGAAAUAAAAGAUCCCAGAAAUGUUCCAUACGCACAAAAAGCUUAAAAAUAUAAUACAUCAAUUGAAUAUACACCAUCACAAUACAUCCAUUAUUUAUUUUAGUCAGGUCUAAAGAAACAUUAUGAUAUGAAGAAAAUGUAUUUCAGAAGAACAGAAUAUGAGUUGGCCUACUGUAUGCCUAUGUUAUCUGGCUAUGUUCCGUGCCAUAGGCUGUAGGCUUGUUAAUUUAGCUGACAAGAUAUGCUUAUAAGUCCCGUGGCAUUAUUUUAUUUUAUAUGAUUUUAUAGUAAGAAGAAUAUAAUUGAACUUAGCUGAAUAAAAUGGAAAGGAUAUUUUUCUCAUUACAUAGCAUAUGAAGUGGCUAUGUUGAGCCUAAAAGUGAUAAUUUCCUAUAUGUUAGAUUUAGAGUUAUUUGGCAACUUUAGUUGUGAAUGAUACAAACGUUAGAAUGUCUUAGAAAUCAAAACAAAUGUGGGCUGCAUGGUGUGACUAUAGGCUAUUAAUUAUUUGAGAAAGUAGCAAAAAAAGCUUGCGCUCUGUUCCUUGCCUCAGGCUGCAUAGUCGUUCUCUCAUCAAUUGAUCAUAUUUUCACCCAUCAGACUAUAUUCUCAAUUUAAUUUUAUCAAAUGGGCAGGAAUAGGGGCAGGGGAAAAAAUACAUGUCAUAUGCAUGCACUCGAAUAACGAAUGGAGGCCGCGCUUUCCCAAACGGAUACUUCAGUUUUAUAGUGGAGCAUAUGCUUUGAGAAGUAAAUAUAAGAACACUUAUUUUAUUCCACGCAUCAACCACUGUUUGCUCUCGCUGCCCGACUGGUGAUAUCCCGCCCAAACUCUGUAUGCCAUGGGCUCUCCAACCUUGUUCUUGCAGCUACCCAGUGCUUAAUUUGGGAAACCAAGUGAAAUUUGUUCGGGAACAUUGAUAGUAACAUGUUUUCGCAACAAAACAUAUUUCACUAAACAGUUGACAGACCAUCUGCGUGCUCGAGAAAGGAAUAAAGGAGAGAGAAGAGAUUAUGGAAACGUGAGAUAUUCUGUAUAGCUAAAGGUAAUAUGUCACCCAAUGAAUUAUGAAAAUAUAAAACAUUCCCUAUUACUAGGCUAUUCAAAAUCAAAUACAAAUUCACUAACUGUAAACCACACUGCAUAAUCAACUAAUCAACAGCAUCGCCUAGGGCUAUACAUUCUCUCCUAGAGUCAUGGAUAUACAUUUUGGAGCGUAGCAUAAGGUAACCUGGCCAUCCAGUAUGCAUAGUAAUACAGUCCACACUCAAAGGCAAUUGCUCUAAUGUGUUUAAUUUUGGAGUAUAGGCUAGACCAUGGCUGUUUUGAAUUAAUCAUCACCUUAGAAAGCGCUGUCCAUUUCGUUGUGUUAGGCUUUGAAACAACAUCCGCAACAACCAUGUUUUACAUUGUUUCAACCUGCUGUAGAACUUCUUUCUUCAAAUUGAUCAUCACAGUGAGGUGAGUUUUAAAAGUACUAUAGGCCUACUGUUUUGAUGAUGUGAUUGAUGUGAUUUUCAAUUGCAUUUGCAUUGAUGUCAGAGUGGUUAGCACUGAGUACCAGGCCAUUAGGACCUGAUGGUAGUUAGCAAGUUGGGUACUACCAAAGCAUAUCCAGAGUGCAUAAAAUUAGAUUACCGUGACUCAACGGUCACAUGGAAUUGUACUGCGGUCAUGACUCAUGACUGCCAGUGUGGCGGUAAUAUGGUCAUCGCAACAGCCCUAUCUGUGACCAAGAGAUGCAUAUCUGUAUUCCCAGUCAUGUAAAAUCCAUAGAUCAGGGCCUAAUGAAUUUAUUUCAAUUGACUGAUUUCCUUAGUGUUGGUCCCAUGUUGAAAUGACCUGAAAUAAAAUAUGGCAAAACAUUUUCCAUAUGCACAAAAAGCAUAUUUCUCUCAAAUUUUGUGCACAAAUUUGUUUACAUCCCUAUUAGUGAGCAUUUCUCCUUGGCCAAGAUAAUCCAUCUACCUGACAGGUGUGGCAUAUCAAGAAGCUGAUUAAACAGCAUGAUCAUUACACAGGUGCACCAUUUGCUGGGGACAAUAAAAGGCCACUCUAAAAUGUGUAGUUUUGUCACACAACACAAUGCCACACAUCAAGUUUUGAGGGAGCGUGCAAUUGGCAUGCUGACUGCAGGAAUGUCCACCAGAGCUGUUGCCAGAUAAUUUAUUGUUAAUUUCUCUACUAUUAGCCACCUCCAACGUCGUUUUAGAUAAUUUGGCAGUACGUCCAACCAGCCUCAUAACCGCAGAGCAUGUGUAACCACGCCAGCCCAGGACCUCCACAUCCGACUUCUUCACUUGCGGGAUUGUCUGAGACCAGCCACCCGGACAGCUGAUGAAACUGUGGGUUUGCACAACCAAAUAAUUUCUGCACAAACUGUCAGAAACCGUCUCAGGGAAGCUCAUCUGCGUACUCGUCGCCCUCACCAGGGUCUUGACCUGACUGCAGUUCGGCGUCGUAACCGACUUCAGUGGGCAAAUGCUCACUUUCGAGGGCCACUUGCACGCUGGAGAAGUGUGCUCUUCACGGAUUAAUCCUGGUUUCAACUGUACCGGGAAGAUGGCAGACAGAGUGUACCCCAUGGUGGCGGUGGGGUUAUGUUAUGGCAUGCAUAAACUACAGAAAACAAACACAAUUGCAUUUUAUCGAUCGCAAUUUGAAUGUACAGAGAUACCGUGACGAGAUCCUGAGGCCCAUUGUCUUGCCAUUCAUCCGCCCCCAUCACUUCAUGUUUCAGCAUGAUCAUGUACAUCCCCAUGUCGCAAGGAUCUGUACACAAUUCCUGAAAGCUGAAAAUGUCCCAGUUCUUCCAUGGCCUGCAUACUCAUUAGACACGUCACCCAUUGAGGAUGUUUGGGAUGCUCUGGAUUGACAUGUACGACAGCGUGUUCCAGUUUCCGCCAAUAACCAGUAGCUUCGCACAGCCAUUGAAGAGGGGACAACAUUCCACAGGCCACAAUCAACAGCCUGGUCAACUCUAUGCGACGGAGAUGUGUUGCAUUGCAAGAGACAAAUGGUAGUCACACCAGAUACUGACUGGUUUUCUGAUCCACGGCCCUACAUAUUUUUUAAGUUAUCUCGGACCAACAGAUGCUUAUCUGUAUUCCCAGUCAUGUGAAAUCCAUAGAUUAGGGCCUAAUUUAUUUAUUUCAAUUGACUGAUUUCCUUAUAUGUAUAUAACUGUAACUUAGAAAAGUAUUUGAAAUUGUUGCAUGUUGUGUUUAUAUACACUACCGUUCAAAAGUUUGGGGUCACUUAGAAAUGUCCUUGUUUUCAAAAGAAAAGCUAUUUUUUUGUCCAUUAAAAUAACAUCAAAUUGAUCAGAAAUACAGUGUAGACAUUGUUAAUGUUGUAAAUGGCUAUUGUAGCUGGAAACGGCAGAUUUUUAAUGGAAUAUCUACAUAGGCGUACAGAGGCCCAUUAUCAGCAACCAUCAGUCCUGUCACGAUCGUCUAAUGAAAAGGACCAAGGCGCAGCGUUGCGACUGAACAUAUUCUAUUUAUUUAAACGUACACACGAACAAAACAAUAAACAACGAAUGCGUGACGUCUAUGUUACAACACGAACAAACACAAACAAAAACCCACAACACUAAGGUGAACACUGACAGUUUAAAUAUGGCUCCCAAUCAGAGAUAACGAGCCGACAGCUGACACUCGUUACCACUGAUUGGGAAUCACACGACCAAACAAGGAAACACAACCAAAACAACACAACCAAUACCAAACACCACCAAAUGAACACACCCUGGCUCAAAAUACACAGUCCCGGAGCCAGAGCGUGACAGUACCCCCCCCUAAAGGCGCGGACUCCGACCGCGCCUACACCCCAAAUAGGGGAGGGCUGGGUGGGUGUUGCUCCUCGGAGGCGGCUCCGGCUCCGGGCUUGACCACCACCCUACUACAAUCCCCCCGUAGUGCCCCCAGUCCGAUCUGACCCAGUUAGCUGGAUCAGGACUGCCGACGCGCACCCCUGGCUUGGCGCGUGAGGCAGGAAUGGACCGGACCUGGCAGACGAUACGCACCCUUUGCAUAGUGCGUGGAGCCGGAACAGGCCUCACCAGGCUGAAGACUCGCAUCCCUGGCUUGGUGCGAGCAGCAGGAAUGGGCUGAAUCCGGCUGACGACUCGCACCCUUGACUUGGUGCGAGUGGCAGGAACAGGCUGAAUCAGGCUGACGGCUCGCACCCUUGGCUUGGUGCGAGAAGCAGGGACGAGCUGAACCCGGCUGACGACUCGCACCCUUGGCUUGGUGCGAGUAGCAGGAACAGGCUGGACCAGGCUGACGACUCGCACCCUUGGCUUGGUGCGAGUAGCAGGAACGGGCCGGACCGGGCUGGCGACGCGCACCGUAUGUUUGGUGCGAGUGGCAGGAACAGACCGUGUCAGGCUGGCGACGCGCACCGUAGACUUAGUGCGGGUGGCAGGAACAGGCCGGACCGGGCUGGCGACGCGCACCGUAUGUUUGGUGCGAGUGGCAGGAACAGGCCGGGUCGGGCUGGCGACGCGCACCGUAGACUUAGUGCGGGUGGCAGGAACAGGCCGGGCUGGGCUGGCGACGCACACCGUAGGCUUUGUGCGUGGAGCAGGAACAGGCCGGGCUGGGCUGGCGACGCACACCGUAGGCUUUAUGCGAGAAGCUUGGAUGGGCCGGACUGGGCUGGCGACGCGCACCACAGACUCGGUGCGGAGCGCAGGAACGGGCCGGGCUGGGCUUUCGACGCACACCGUAGGUUUGGUGCGGGGAGCAGGAAUAGACUGGACCGUACUGGGGACACACACCACUGGCUCUACACCGGGAUCUGGAACGGGCCGGACCGGACUGGCAACACACGCCAGUACCUCUCGCCGUGCCUCUACACCUUCCAUCCCCUCUUCUACCAGUGGCCCCCGUAACCUGGCGGCCUCCUCUGCAACCCCGCUGGACCGCUCCAUAGCGGCCUCCUGCUGCCCCGACGUCGUGAGCCCCCCCCUAAAAAUUUUCUGGGGGUCUCUCCUCCCCGUGGACCAGGCCUCUCUCUCUCUUGCCAGACUCGCAAUCAUCUCCUCCCACGUCCAUCCUCUCUCCUCGUCACGCUGCUUGAUCCAGUCGAGGUUGCCACGGAGAUCUGCCAGCGAUGGCUCCUGAACACGCUGCUUGGUCUGGUUAAGGUGGGUUUUUCUGUCACGAUCGUCUAAUGAAAAGGACCAAGGCGCAGCGUUGCGACUGAACAUAUUCUAUUUAUUUAAACGUACACACGAACAAAACAAUAAACAACGAAUGCGUGACGUCUAUGUUACAACACGAACAAACACGAACAAAAACCCACAACACUAAGGUGAACACUGACAGUUUAAAUAUGGCUCCCAAUCAGAGAUAACGAGCCGACAGCUGACACUCGUUACCACUGAUUGGGAGUCACACGACCAAACAAGGAAACACAACCAAAACAACACAACCAAUACCAAACACCACCAAAUGAACACACCCUGGCUCAAAAUACACAGUCCCGGAGCCAGAGCGUGACAAGUCCUGUGUUCCAAUGGCACGUUGUGUUUGCUAAUCCAAGUUUAUCAUUUUAAAAGGCUAAUUGAUCAUUAGAAAAACCCUUUUGCAAUUAUGUUAGCACAGCUGAAAACUGUUGUGCUGAUUAAAGAAGCAAUAAAAUUGGCCUUCUUGAGACUUGUUGAGUAUCUGGAUCAUCAGCAAUUGUGGGUUAGAUUACAGGAUUAAAAUGGCCAGAAACAAAUAACUUUCUUCUGAAAUUCGUCAGUCUAACCCACAAUUGCUGAUGAUCCAGAUACUCAACUAGUCUCAAGAAGGUCAGUGUUAUUUAUUAUUUAAUCGGCACAACGGUUUUCAGCUGUGCUAACAUAAUUGCAAAAGGGUUUUCUAAUGAUCAAUUAGCCUUUAAAAAUAAUAAACUUGGAUUAGCAAACACAACGUGCCAUUGGAACACAGGACUGAUGGUUGUUGAUAAUGGGCCUCUGUACACCUAUAUAGAUAUUCCAUUAAAAAUCAGCCGUUUCCAGCUACAAUAGCCAUUUACAACAUUAACAAUGUCUACACUAUUUCUGAUCAAUUUAAUGUUAUUUUUUAUGGACAAAAAAUUGCUUUUCUUUAGAAAACAAGGACAUUUCCAAGUGAUCCCAAACUUUUGAACGGUAGUGUAUAUAUAUAUAUAUAUAACUUUUUUUAAAUAAAAUGUAAAAAAGAUUGUAUGGAUGUGUUAUUUAAUUGAGUUGUAUGUGGUGUGGAUGUACUGUAAUGUAAUUGAAAACUUGGCUGAGAUGUGAUUCUCCCAUUGUGUCCAUUCCAGACGACCGCCACAGAGUCAAGCUCCACCCACUCCUGGGAGACUCCAACUCUGACUACAUCAACGCCAACUACAUAGACGUAAGUCUCACCUCACCUUCCUUUCUGCUCUGAAUCCUGUCCAAUGAUAGUGUUAUACUGGGAAACACAUCAAGUCAUUACUUAUACAAUACAUUUCACAGUAUUUUGUGUCGCCCUACGCAAUCCGGUGCCCCAGAUUUACCUGUGAGAGGUUAUUCCUGUUCCUGGAAACACCAGCCUCCACCCCACAUCCGCCAAUCACCCCCCGCCACCCCCACCCUAUCCAAUCACAAACCUUCCUCUUGGCAUUCAGCCAGAUGCCAUGUCUGUUUGGUGACUAUCUCUACAAUCCCUUAUCCAACGCUAUUAAUAGACAAUAAAUUAAAUUAUAAUACCAAGUCCCGGUGGUAAAGCCCUUUGUAAAAUCCCCCAAAUCCCUCUGAAUUGAAUAGACUGGAUUGAUGUUGUUCAACCCCUGGAUGAACGGGGAGCAGCUCUGAGACAUGAUCUCUUUGGCUGCUCACCUUCACUUCACUGUACUUUUUGUUUCCAUCUGCAUCAACUAGAAUGUGUUACCUGUAGAGCAACAUGCAUCAUCAAUUUGUUGGACUGUACACUCAUGAAUACACAUUAUUCCAUCAUAAGAGACAAACUUGUCUAAAACGCCUCGUCAGAAAGGUGAACACUCCUUUUACAUCGUUUAGCCGGGAGAGAUAGAGAGAGAGUGAACAUGUGGAGGAGAAAUGCUUUUAGGGGACUUCAUUAGCAUAGAGAGGGCACUUGAGAGGGUGCUAAAAUGGGGCCGUCCUAUUUUGACUCCAGCCAUUGUAAGGGCGCCCAUUAUAGUGUCAGGGCACAGGGAGGCCAGGCAUCAUUAGGGACAUGCCACUCAAUGCUUGGGCGCUACCCGCUGUAGUGCCAAGUUGGCCCCUGACAAGGCUAGCCCUGGCGAUGAAUGACGAAUACGUUGCCAAGAGGAGUACUUGUAGAAAGCCCAUUACUAUUUCAUCAGAGGUUAAAUGGAAAAGUUGAUCCUCUCUCUGAAACGUGUUUUCUGUUUGUUAAAGUAGACGUUGAAGAAGUGCGAACUCUCAGAUUGUUUUUCUCUUUAGCAUUUGAUUUGAUCUCUUUGCUACUCGUCGCCUGGCUGCGUGGCUGUGUGUGUGGCUGUGUGUGUGUAGGUGUGUGGGUAUACAGUAUUGUGCUGUAUGCAUAUGCAUGCUUGGCAGCUGCCUGUGUUUGUCAUGUGGUGUAGUACAUACAGUGAACCCUGCUGAAUGCUAUAUGGGAGCCUCUACUUUGUUAAAUAGGGAGACAGUCCAAAGCAAUACACACACAUGGCAGCGAAUGCAUGAACGAAUGCACACAUGCACACAAAACACGCACUCAAUCUCACACACACAUAUUGUAUGUAAACAAGCACACCUCUCCAUACAGGUUCUCCACCUGUCUGCAACCUUCAACUCCUUAGAUUUCUCAAUCUUCUUUCAUUAACUAGCUUCUAUCUCUUCUCUCUUCUUUUUCUACUACCUUCCCCACCUACUCGACUUUGGACCCUGUAGAUUCGGAUUAACAGGGAAGUAAGUACUUCACCGCUCUUUCUUCUGUCUGCCAUCCCUUUCUUUCCCCUCUUUCCCAUGCAGUACAUCCCUCUUUCAAAAGUCAAACUCUUCAGUCUAGUGUUUGGGAGCCCGCGUUCAGAGUUGGCACAAAGCAAGCUGCUCCAAGGUGUCACAAUGUUCAGAUUACAGCAGAGUGAAGAAACUCUGGGGGUUGCCAUCUCUUUUCCUUUUAUCUGCCAUUGAAUCUUAGAUGUUUGUCUCUUUCUAUGUCCACCUGAGCCAUGGCCAAGCUUCGAGUCAGUAGCUCAUCAUGCAGUAGAAUAACCAGAGCACCAUUGCACUCUGGCAAUAAUGUUCCACAUUGAACAAAUUGGAAGCGUUGAAAGAGUUAAUGUGAAUAGGCACCCUUUUCUCGACCAUUCCUGAAUCAAAGAUAACCACAUAUCUGCUGAAGACAAGACUGCCUUGUGGCCCAUUGUAUGUGUGACCUGUAAGCAUAUAGAGCUGUGUCAUUGUCAUCGUCACCAUACCCACUGGCAUGCCCUGUCAUCUCCAGCAUGUGACAAGUGUCCCUGUGCCGUUAUAUUACUUGUACUUGCAUGAGGUCAGAACUCAGGAGGUUACGGUUGCCACGAUGACCGGUGGAGGUGCGUGGAUGUCGUGGACAUGCUGAAUGUGCUGCCCAGGGCCACAGCGAAUCGUGGGUAG